AUGAUUUAGAAGCAUAACAUCCCUAGUUUAAAAAGUAAAUUUUCCCUGUCUAAUAAUUUAAUAUUUCUAAUUUAAUUUUAGUGUAUUAAUAAUAAUCAUUAAUACUUAAAUGAGUAUAGAGAGUAUUUGAUAUUUAGUGAGAAUAGCUCUGUUACUCAACGAUUUUGUUUAACUAUUUACUAUCAUAUUAUUUAAUAGUAAGAAAAAUUAAUUCCUACAUUAGUUAAUAAUAUAAUUAUACAACGGAUUAUAUUAUUAAAUAGAAAUCAUUAAAAUCAAAAGUUAGUAUUUUGUAUUUAAUUUUGCUUCUGCAACAUUGCCAAUAAAAUUCAAAAUUCACAAUCUAUUCAAUAUAGAGAAACAGUCUAGAUUUCCUCAUUACAUAAUAAAAAAUAACUACAUUUGAUAAUGGAAUAAUUUACUGAAAAUUAUAUUUAUCAAAUUUAAUAAAGGAAAACUUUGCUAAAUAGAUGA